AUGGCAACGCUGACAGCCCAGGUCGGUGCCACCGACUCUUCGAGAAACAAUAAGAGCGCAGUUGAAGAUGCUAGGAGGACCCAAUCCUAUAUUGCGGCAGAGUGUGCAAAUGACGGUACAGAGCCACCACCCUACGAGUUACUGGUUCUCAUCGGCAAGGGAAGCUUCGGCCGGGUGUACAAAGCCCGUGGCUUAAACUCAGGGCGACUGGUUGCCGUGAAAAUCAUUAGCAUUGAGGAGGGCGACAGCAUUCGCCCCGGCGGCACGGAUACAUUCGCUGAUAUUUUAAAGGAAGUCAACACCUUGAAACUUCUCAACGACAGGGGGGCGAAAAACAUCAAUCGUAUUCUUGAUGCCCAUCUCGUUGGUCAAUCUGUUUGGAUGAUCACUGAGUAUUGUGCUGGCGGUAGUGUCGCUACUCUAAUGAGGCCAACUAGGGGGUUGCCAGAGAAGUGGAUUAUCCCCAUCUUGCGAGAGGUUGCCGAGGCCGUGUAUUGGGUUCACAGCCAUGGCGUCAUUCAUCGGGAUAUUAAAUGUGCUAAUGUCCUCAUUACAGACAUUGGAGGCGUUCAACUUUGCGAUUUUGGCGUCGCCGGGAUUAUCGAGACCAAGUUCGACAAGAGAAGCACUGUCACAGGCACACUCCAGUGGAUGGCCCCCGAACUAUUCGACUCCUCGAUAUCGUACGGUAUUGAGGUUGAUAUUUGGGCCUUUGGAUCCAUGGCGUACGAGGUAGCCACCGGGCUCCCGCCGAAUGCGACCGGCCUGGUUGACAUGACGAACUUUGGCUCGUUUCUGAAACACAACUGUCCACGGCUUAAGGGAGACCAAUAUUCGCCUCAACUUCGAGACUUUGUUGCCUGCUGCAUGGUCCAAGACCCGGCUCGACGACCCAGUAUCGAGCAAGUCCAGGCACAUCCUUAUAUUUUCAACACCACGAGCAAAUUUCCCACUGCGUCACUCUCCCAGCUUGUCAACGCCUACAGACUUUGGGAGAUGCAAGGUGGAAGUAGACUGUCCCUCUUAUCCGCAGGCGGUGCGCAGGGCCCUGCAAAUAUUUCGUUCCCUUCCCACUUGAACGAAGAGUGGACAUUUGACGCAUUGGAUGAGGCUGGUCUCGAAUAUAAUUCCUCAGACGCUCACACUGUUCGGAAUGCAUAUGAACCGGCCGUCGACUUCCCUUGGCAGCCACAAAAACAAACUGGGCGACGUCGGCAACCAAAUAUGAAGCCACUCAUAGUACCUCUCGAGCAGGUUUUCGAUCUUGACUUUACCAUCAACUAUGACGACAAUGCUCGUGCUUUCUAUGGACAGCACAUCGAGCUGCUGACAAAUGAUUUACGGCUACGGGACGACCUAGAUAGCUCAACGGUCAGAGAGUCGCUAAUUGAUCUUGACGCCUCAUUCGACGGCAACGACUUGUCGCAGGUCGUUGAUAUGGGAACAAUCAGAGGAGUUUAUCCGUCAAUUACUGAUGAAGUAUACCAUUCUACUCGUCGCCUGACUCAGGACUGGAAAUUUCCUCUGAUGGCUGCUACCUCUGCAAGUCUAGACUAUGCUGAAGACCCCGAGGAAAACGUUGUCUGCGAUAUCAACGCAAGAGAUGUAUUCAUGAGCCAAUGUAUUUCGAGUACGCAGUCUAAUCGUGCUUCAGCGAUGAGCCUUAUUGACCUUGAUGCCAGCCUACCGGAUGAGUCGGGAAUCCUUACCCGCCCGUCCACCGCCGGUUCCGACAAUACAUCAACAGGUUCAGAUAUAGAAAAGACUCCAUUCGAGCUUGAACAACAUGUCCUGCAUGCAAUUUUACCCUCGCCAACCGUCAGAGAACCAUCUAUAUACGUGUCGGAUGAUAGUGGCUUUGAGGUGCCCCACGUACCUGAUGAUGGCUACCCAAAGGAUCAACAUGGCGGUUUAUCGGAUCAGGUUUCCGUGCAAACACAGCCCAGCCUGGAUCAAGGUCCCCGUUGCCCUCAGCACUCCGGCCCGGUGAUUCCAGCUCCGCCUUCAGCUGGCGCGAUGCUAGGCACAAGCACGCCUGACGAGUUGAAAGGAGAACUGCAAAGGUUGGUAUGGAGCUUGGGUGAGCAUCUGCAAUUUACGUCCGACACACUGGCGCGUCUGCCUACCAAACGCGCCCUAUAG